AUGGAAUCGACAGGUGCUCUCAAGCUUGGUCCCAAUGCGAGGCAAGGCCGCCAAGAAGCUGGGAAAUCGAUUCUCAAGAUGUACAAGCAACCCAGUACCUUCCGGGGUCUUCUGGACGGCCCUAUCACGGACGGGAUGAUCUUGGGUCCCCUUUCUUCGACUUCCGUGCUUCCUAGUUGGACUGGCGGGAUACUUCGAUUCGAUGCCAACCUGACACAACCUACAAAACCCUUCUGCAACUGGUUCCUUAGUUCAGGUCAAAUAUCCUCCAUCGAAAUCGAAGACCCAAUUCCCUCGCCAAUUUCGAACUCCAAGAAAGGUCCCUUGGAUGAAUCAGUCCCAGUCCUUGCUGGCGUCGAGGAUAUCGUCACAGACGUCAAGUGUCACUUUUUGCAUGAGUCUUCAGUACUGCUCAUAGGAGGCCCCGGCGCAGGAAAAAGCUCUGUUAGCUUAUUGAUUGGACAUCAAUUGAGAUCUGAGCACUUUUUUCACAGCAAAUACAUUUCUUGCCAAAAGAUGUCAGCAAACGAAGAGCGCAUUGCUACUAUCCGAGACACUCUUGAACAAUCUUUCCUCCAAGCAGCCUUGAGUGCAAGACUAGGCGGCCGUGCUCUAGUAAUACUAGACGAUGUCGACAAGUUAUGCCCUGUUGAGACUGAACUUGUCGUUGGAGGCGAUAAUGCGCGCUCGAAGCAGAUGAGUGAGAUGAUUGCUUCAGUCAUAAGACGACAUUCUACGCUGGGCAGUGGAGUAGUCAUACUCGCGACUGCCCAGUCAAAGGAAUCUCUGCACAAUGUCAUCAUCGGGAACCAUGUAUUCCGUGAAACCCUUCCUUUGGACGUCUCAAACAAGAUGUGUAGGAGGAAGAUCCUCGAGAUGGUGAUACAGCAAGGCACAGCUACAGAGGAGGAUGGAGAACAAAGGGAGGAUGUCAGCGCUAGUCGUCCAGAAACCGCUAACGGUACUCAACCACAGAACUUCGGGGGAUCAUGGACGGAUGUUCUCGGGUCUGCAGAGGCAGUUCCAGAAGCCAAUGCUGCCCCUUCGCGCAUGUUCAAGCCCGACAUAGACUUUGCGGAUCUUACGAAUCUCACGGAAAGUUACAUGCCCCGAGAUCUUGUUCUGUUUGUAGAACGAGCAAAGUAUGUUGCUUUGGCCCACUUCAUAUCACAAAACUCGGAGGACGGCAACAAGAUGAGAGUCCCUCUCACGAGAGAACAUUUCGAGCAAGCCCAGAAGGGAUUUACACCAGUCGCCCUACGAAACAUGUCUCUUGGAACAUCAACUACGACAUUCGACUCCAUUGGCGGCAUGACAGAAACCCGCAGAGUUCUUUUGGAGACUAUAGAAUACCCGACCAGGUACGCGCCUAUCUUCGCGCAAUGCCCGCUUCGACUACGCUCUGGUUUGCUUCUCUACGGAUACCCAGGUUGUGGGAAAACUUUACUAGCUAGUGCUGUUGCUGGUGAGUGCGGACUGAACUUCAUAUCCGUCAAGGGCCCAGAGAUUCUCAACAAAUAUAUCGGCGCGUCUGAAAAGUCCAUUCGGGAUUUAUUCGAGCGAGCAACUGCCUCGAAGCCCUGCGUUCUUUUCUUUGAUGAAUUUGAUUCGAUCGCACCGAAGCGAGGAAGUGACUCAACUGGAGUGACAGAUCGUGUUGUCAAUCAGUUGUUGACUCAGAUGGAUGGUGUCGAGGGCUUGUCUGGUGUUUACGUCCUUGCUGCGACCUCUAGACCCGAUCUUAUAGAUCCAGCGCUGCUCCGCCCCGGCCGCCUUGAUAAAUCGCUCUUGUGUGAUUUGCCGCACCUAGAUGACAGAAUCGAUAUUCUCAAAUGUCUCUUGAAGAAACUGAAGCUUGAUGAUGAUCUCAAAGGAGAGCUUGACAAUAGGCUGAGGGACGUCGCUUCGAGGACCCAAGACUAUUCGGGAGCCGACUUACAGGCCCUUAUCUCUAAUGCCCAGCUUGAGGCCAUUCACGAGUACCUCGGAGACAAAGAUACCGCGGUUAGUUCAGCAAAGACGAAUGGAAAGGCCCGAGUCCAAGACUCUCGAAAGCCUAGUAUCGUACAGUUCUGGUACGGCGUAGAACAAGACCGACUGCACUCCGAAGCAAACUCUGGCGAUCGACGCAAACAACUUAGAAAACUCGCCGAGUAUGAAGAAAAGGUGGUAAAGCUACGCUCCGAGCGCAAGUCAAGCCGACGAGGAGUCCAAGGCGAGGGAGAUCGGAAAUCAGACGACAAAGGGUCACAUAAGCCGGAAAUUCUACUUGCUUGGAGGCAUUUGGAGAGGAGCUUGCGUGUUUCACGGGCUAGUAUCAAAGCUGAUGAGAAACAGCGAUUGAGCUUGGUCUAUGAUGAGUUUGUUGGUGGCAGGUCUGCUGAGCUGCGGAAUGGUCAAGGAGGAACGGCUGUUGGCAGUAGGGGAACCUUGAUGUGA